AUGCCUGAACCUACUGAACCGAAGAAAUCGACACCGACGCUUGCAGAAUAUGAAGCCGCCAAAGCGCUUCUUGCAAGUUACGAAGCAAAAGGAAACGAAUUGUCCGAACAACUGAAAGAAGAUGAGGCAGAAGUUUAUUACGCUGAAACAAUUUACCUCGAAGAAACUAAUCAUAUGGGGAAUUUAGUAAAAGGGUUUGACAGCUUUUUGCGCAGUUCUUCUGAUCGAAAACGUAAGUCUGAAGUUCCUGAUUCUGAUCGAUUGUUUUCUAGAUCAAGUAUAUACAUGCAAAAGAAAUUACGAUACGCUUCAUUAUUCUUAAAACCGGCCAAAAGUGAAAAAUCAGAUGAUCCAAUGUCAUCCAGUUCUGACGAAGACGAUUCAUCAACAGUCACAGAUUCCUAUAAUAGUAGCUCCCCACAACGUAAAAAAAAGGAACAGAGAAAGAAAUACAUUCACGAGUCGGAUGACGAAGAGUUGGAUGUAAAUGGGAAUUAG